AUGGGCAAGAAUACAAUUGAUAUUAAUGAUGUCCAUAUGGCAAUUCAAAUGGCCAAAGAACGUGAAUAUCCUACAUCUCCGCCACUUGAUAAUUCUGGACAAAGCGUGCCAAAGAACAUCAAUAAGACAUCAACAUCUGGAACAAUAAAUGAAGCUCAACAAAAUGAAGCUGUUGAUAAUAUAAUUUCUACACAAUCUGAUCAAAACGUGGAUGAUUUGCCUGUGAUAAGUGAUUUAGAUAUUGAAGAAGUUAUUAGAAGUAUACAGGACAAUCAAGAACCAAUUGCAGACAAAGUAAUGGAGUUCAAUGUGGAUGCCCUAUUAAAUGACCCUUAUACAUUGUGA